UCUAUGAAUAGUGAAGAACUAGAUAAGAUCAUUAAGCUCAAGACUCGAAAGGAAUACCACUUUGGCGCUGUUGUGCAACUCAGCUCAUCAGUGAUUCCCUUUUGGUAAAUAUAAAAUACAUGCAUGGCGGCAACGGUGAUCUCAGUUAUCAACUCGGAUUAUUGUGUUCCUAAUUCUAUCAAACUAAAUAUUGAUAUGGAUAAGGGCGUCUCAUACAUCAACGAUGAAGUCAUUUUUCGUGUUAAAGAACCUUCUAUAUCACUUCGCGAUCGCCGUGCUGUUUGUGAUGUUUCUGGGAACCCCAUUUUCACUCUGCAGAAAAAGCUAAUAACGUUGCAUGGGCGAUGGGAAGUUUUCAAGGGAGCUAGUACAGAUUCCGGUGAUUUGGUCCUUUCAGGAAAGAGAUCGUCGAUAUUAGUUCCACACAAGAAGAAUAUUGAUCUUGAUGUCUUUCUUGCUAAGAAUACCGAAGAAAUUGUUUGGGACUUUAAGGUUUCUGCUGGAGCUAACAAAAAAACUGCCGAUAUUUCUGCUCGUGGAUCUUCUACCAUUCUUGCAAAGAUGAAAAAUAAUCGUGGCAUGUUUGAAGUAGAGGUUCAACCGAAUGUGGACUAUGGCUUCAUCAUGGCACUGCUAAUGAUGGUUGACGAGAUAGAUCAUUUAAAGUCUGGUCAUAAUAAUCAUAAUACAACUGAGGUUGCAGCGGAGGCUUUCGGAGAAGCGUCGGCUCUAAUUGCCAUUGAUGCGGCUGUGACCACGGAUGGCGAUGACGUAACUGCAGAUCAGCCAUAAUAAUAAUAAUAAUAAUAAUAAUAAUAAUAAUAAUAAUAAUAAUAUCAUAAUUAGUUUAGUUUGUUAGAGUAAGGUAUGUUUGUUAGGGCGGUAGGUUAAGUUUGAUAGUUUCUAUUCACUUGUAUUUGCUUUUGAGAAUAAUCUAUUUAUAUUUAUGUGAACAAUAUUUGUUCCGUGAUCAGAUUAUACCUUUCAUUUGUUAUUAUUGUAUAUUUAAGUUACUUCUUGAUGGAA